AUGACGAAAGGAAAUGGUGUGAUGAAGAUCGAAGAGAUCAUUCACAACGAGACUCCUCGGCUUCUCGUGCUAUAUGACAAGGGACAAGACGACAUCGUCAAGACUGUAGCGGAUGUGAUUGGACAAAAGUUCGUAUUGGUCGACAAGGUCGAGAAGAUUGAAGGACAUGCGGAGAAUAUCGUGGUCGGGUUGGAGAAUGCUGCAGUUGUUCAGGUGUCCCACAUUGGUCAGCUUAAGCGAAUCAUCAUCACGACACACUGCAUUGAUGCUGCCGACCUCCGCGACGAAGAUGUGACAUCAAGGUGUGACUAUGAGUAUCUUUAUUUGCAGAAGCAAUUCGAUCGACGCGAUCUUGCUCGUUUUCUCGGUUUCGUUCUCGGUCAGAUCAAGCCUCACGAAGACUUACGAAAGAAGACCAGGACGACGUUGCUGUCGACGACGUUCCCCGAUAUCCGAGCUGCCUUGCCCAACCUUGAUAUCUUAUCUGUGGGUGCAGACUCUGUCGAAUUACGUGUUGAUCUGCUGAAGGACGCCGAUGCAGAUGCUUCAAACGCCACUGUGCCAAGCAUCAAAUAUGUUGGAGAGCAGGUGAUGCUCUUGCGACAACGAACCGAGCUUCCCAUCAUAUUCACUACUCGGUGCACAAAGGAAAAUGGCAGGUUUCCAAUGGACGAUCCUAUGCUGUUCUAUCAGUAUCUUCGGAAGGCAAUGCAGUGGGGUUGUGAAUACGUCGACGUGGAACUCUGGCUGCCGACCGAGAUCAGGUCCCAAUUGGCAGCUGAGAAAGGCAGCAGCAAGAUCAUCUCUGCAUGGCACGACUUUACUGGCAGCUUCAAGUGGUCAUCGGCGGAGGCACAGCAACUCUUCAAGCAAGGCGCUGUCUAUGGAGAUGUCGUAAAAAUGAUAGCAUUGGUAAAUACCACGGAGGAGAACUAUGAGUUGGAGUACUUCCGAUCCAUAAUUCAGACAGCAUACUCGCAUCCGCCACUCUCCGGGCUGAACAUGGGUCCUGUAGGCCAGCUGUCCCGGACACUAAACAAGGUAUUCACGCCGAUCACGCAUCCAUUGCUGCCCAUGGUGGCCGCGCCAGGUCAAUUGAGUGCUGCUGAGAUCAACAGCAUGUUGCAUUCAAUGGGUCAGAUUCCUAAACUUGAUAUCUAUGCGAUCGGUAACGUUCGCCAGAAUGGUCAAGCAGUCUUUUUCGAGAAGUGCCUCAAUGAGCUCAGUCUGCCGCACCAAUUGCUCUGCAUCGAGCGCAUCUCCCAAGGUUCGAUCGAGCGUUUCAUUAGCCGGCCCUCAUUCGGCGGUGCGCAUAUCAGUCCGCCUUUACCAGCAAACGCACCGUAUCUACCCAGGCUGUCGAAUGCUGCUUCCGCCAUUGGCCAGAUAGAUACCGUUGUCGCUCACAAUACGCCAGGUGGAAAGCUGCUGGUUGGCGAUAAUGCGACUUGGAAAGGCAUUCGUGCAACUCUGACAAACGACUUCGUGCCAUCAGCAUACGCAGGACAAGCUGCUCUUAUCCUGGCUAGUCAAGAGUCGCAAGCAUCCGCUGCUAUCUUUGCUCUGACGAGCCUGGAUAUCGGGCCGAUCUACACCAUCGGGUUUCAGGCCAAGCACUCGGUCGCUACAGACAUCCAACAGUUUCGGGGCGUCGAGGAUAUGAAGAAAGUAGAUGAACCGUUCGUCAUAGUAUCUGCAUUACCGGCCGACAAAUCCUUCAUCGUCUCGCCACUCAUCAAGCACUACAGUCACAGUGGCAGACGACCUGCGCAACGUGCCGGCAAAGUCUUCGUCGACCUUUCAAAUGGUGUGCGUGGUAAGGGCGAUUCUGUAGCAACUGCUGAGUCCUUGGGAUGGCUGGCAUAUGGCACUGCAGAUAUCAAUGCGUGGACCACGGUUGAAACGCUACGCCUACUGGUCGGACAGAACGUUCCGUUCGAUUUCGUCAGGCUGGCAGCAGGGCGGAGCCUGUACUGA